AUGGGUGCGAGCGACUCUAAGCUAGUAUUCAAGAAGGGCAUCUUCCGCCUCUCUGAAGAACGACACAUCCCCGCCGAUGAUACCUACUGGACAUCAUUCUGGGAGUUGCCCGAAACCUCGGAAGACGUCUUCAGUCUAUUUGCCCCUGCCGACGUUCGCCGAACCCGAGACAAUGCCUUGGAGAAUCUGGAGACAUUAAUAUUAGCCGUGACAUCGCGACUCUUUGUACUCCGUCACCACCCCUCGUUCCCCGAUCCCGAGAUCGCUCCCGACAGUCAUGCUCUCAACUGCAUCCGAGUCCUCACCCGCAUCCUCCCGUUUCUCUACGAGAAAGAGUCGCUCCAAGCCUGGGAGGAGAACUUCUUCUGGGCCCGCCGUCGCAAACGCACCAGGACGUCUCUAAUAGCCAACGAAGUGCUCUUCGACGAGUCGCAAGAGGUCCAGCCUAGACCGCCCGAAGAGUUCGAGGACGCAAAGCCGCUAGCCGAGGAGCUUAUCGACACCCUGAUCGAUUUGCUGUUCUUCUCCGACCUGACGGUCCCAAGACAACCACAUGGCAGUCCCAAGGUCAGCUAUUCGAUCUGGCAGAGCGGCGUGGGCUGUGCGACAUCGAUACCGACGACCAAAGAGCAUGAGAGUAACCGAUGUGAAAUCUUGCGGUUGCUCUUGACCCUGACGAGCCAAAGCAUGUAUAUGUCGCCGAGUGUCUUGCCGCUGAAGGGAGCCCGGGCCCUCACCCACAUAUGCACGUGUCCAGACAAGCAAGUGGUUCUCUCAUAUAACCCUGCCACCUGGCGCGUGCCGUACAACACUCUAGUUUUCAAGGAUCCAAAACAAAUUCUCGUCACAUACACCCUACAAUUUCUCUUGGUGGUUCUGCUCUAUCCUGUCCCAGAGGAGCCAGGAGUUCUGACCCCCAAGAACUUCUACCGUCACUUUGCUGGCAGACUCCAUCGGCCCCAAGAUUUCCAGUUCAUCGUGGAUGGCAUGACGCGGAUACUGCAUCAACCGCUCCAGGCCAAUGCUUCCUAUAUCCCAGGGGCGCAGAACUCAGUUCGGUUCGCUCCCGAGACCAUCAUGCUAUUCUGGGAACUGACCCAGUGCAAUAAACGCUUCCGCUCUUUCAUGAUCGACACGGAACGAGCACAUGACUUUGUAAUUUUCGUUUUAUUCUAUGCGCUCGAAUACAAGGGCGACGCAUCGAAGCAGGGCGUGGUGAGGAUGUGUGCUUUCCUGCUACAGACUCUCAGCGCAGAGAAGAACUUCGGCAUCAACCUCAACAAAAUGUUUGAGGCCCAAGAGACGCUUCCCCCAGCUAUCCGGAUUACUGGCUUCAGGGGAACCUAUGCAGACUUCCUAAUCCAAUCUAUAUAUAAUCUCAUCACCAAGAGUCAGGGAAAGCUAACCGUUAUUUAUCCUGCGCUCCUGGCUGUUAUUAAUAACAUAUCCGCUUACCUCGAGGGACUCAGCGGAUCUACCUGCACCAGACUCAUCCAACUCUAUAACUCAAUGUCAUCCCCUUCGUUCCUGAUGGCGAAUGACACAAACCAUAAUCUACUAAGAUCAUUGUUAGAGUCCAUCAAUGCGAUUGUGGAGCAUCAGUACAAGAAGAACCCUCACUUCAUAUACGCCAUAAUUAGGAAUAGAAAGCGAUUCGAAGCCCUACGCUCUUUCACACUAGAAAGUGGCCAGGAGGAGAUAGAGAGACGUAACCGAAAAAAGAAGGAGGCUGCGGCCUCAAAUGACCCAUUGGAGACUAACUCGACGAGGAGCUCGUUGGAAAGUCUGCGGAGCCCCACAACGUCUAUCACGCAGGUUCCUACGCUCCAUGAUGUUCCCGAGGAUGGAGCAUUCGCCGUAGGUGACGAUGACGACAGCGAUAAUGAGCAACGGCCUACCCCGUCUCCCUCAAGCCAUAGCGAGAAUCCGUCCCGUGCAUCUUCUGUAGAGCCCCAUGCGGAUGGCAGUGGUGUACCUAGACAGCUUCGAGGCAUGUCGGAAAAGGCCAGGGGUAAGAUGCCGGCAGGACCGCGCUUCUCUCGGCAAAACAGCACAACCAGCUUGGGCGGCUACUCUAUAUCCGGCCAGUCCCAGACCGGGGCCUUUGAGCCAACCGCAGAAUGGAUUGAUAGUUGGCUUCCAGAGUUGCCGCUUCAUACCAUCUUGACGCUGAUCAAUCAGCUCACAGCGCUGCUACCUCGCCAAUCCCUUGCUACAGACUCGCCCACGCCGGCAGUUUUACAGAGGAUCCAGGAGAUCCAACUUGUUGGUGUGGAUGCCUCGCCUGUACGGGUUCACAUGUUUGAAUGGUCGCCAAUGGCGCUGGGAUGGUACGAGUCCCUGCUUUGGGGGUUCGUCUUUGCCAGCGAAAUGCAGGUUGCCAGAGGCACUGUGGGCAUCUGGAAUACGACCAACAUCAAGCUCUUCCACGUACAACAGACGGCAGCACAGGGCCCUUCGCUGACUUCCCCACGUGGAGCCGUGGACGCAGUUGGAAGCAACAUUGUAUCUCGCAUCGGAGCUAUCAACCUCCGGGGGGCUGCAGGUCCAGCUGUUCCUCCAGGAGGAGCCCAGGCCCCGCGACGGAUCGGCUAGAAGAAUGUGUGGUGAUGGGUUUCAGCUUGGUUUGUUGGCUGUUGUGCAUGAUUCUUGGAAGGGAAAUAGGGGGAACACAAAUUGCAGUCAUUGGUUUUGUUUGUGGCUGAGGUGCCAUUGUGGCGACAAAAUGACCGGCGUCGUGUGGCGGCGAUCGAUUACACCACAAGUGAGCGGCCUUCUCGGGCUGUUGGGUAACAUGCCUGAGGGUGGAGUAUUGAGGAUGUGAUACUAGGAGGUUUCAAGGACUGCAAAAGGACGAUGGGCGGACAUAAAGUCCAAGGGAGGCCGCCCACAGAUCUGCUCGACCAGGUGCAGUUGAUAGAACAGCUACAGAGAUACGUACAUAACAAAAUAAUGAGCUUCAAGAUCAUCCGU